AUGUCUCGCUGGGUCAGGCCAGAGGUUGGUGUUCACCUCUAUUCCAUUUUCUCUCCAAUCAUCAUCAUCAUCAUCAUCAUCAUCUUCUUCUUCUUCUUCUUCGUCUGCUGUUGUUUCUCAUGCAUGAAACCAUAGUAGAGAGAGAGAGAGAGAGAGAAGAGUUGACCGGUGUUCUAACAUGGUGGCCCCGGUUUUGGUUUGGUUUCCUUGUCAGGUCUAUCCGCUCAUCGCCGCCAUGGGAUUCGUCUCGAGCAUGUGCAUCUUCCAGCUCACCAGGAACGCCUUCAUGAACCCCGACGUCAGGUUUGAUCUCCCUCUCUCUCUCUCUCUCUCUCUCCCUCUCUCUUUCUUCUCUCUCUCUCUCUAUCCGUUUAGCCAUCAGUCUGAAACCCAUGGGGUGUGUGGGGUUGCAGGAUCAAGAAGGCCCAGAGGAUGACGCCCAUCCAGGACAACGCGGAGCAGGGCGAGAAGUACACGCAGCACGGCUUCCGCCACCUCCUCUACCGCAAUCGCCCCUGGAUUUUCCCCGCUGCCGACUUCUCCGCCUCCGCCUCCGCCGCCACCGCCGACGACCACUAG